AUGAAACCCUGGAGAAUAUCAAUUAGAAUGGUUCACCAAAGAGUUACUAUUAUCGGAUCCGGUCCUGCCGCUCACACCGCUGCCAUUUAUCUAGCAAGAGCUGAAGUUAAACCUACCUUGUAUGAGGGUAUGUUCGCUAACGGUAUCGCUGCUGGUGGUCAAUUGACCACUACGACGGAAAUUGAGAACUUUCCAGGUUUCCCAGAAGGCUUGACUGGUAGUGAACUUAUGGACAGAAUGAAAAAACAAUCAGAAAAGUUUGGCACUGAAGUGAUCACAGAGACUAUUUCCAAGGUCGAUCUGUCAUCUAAGCCAUUUAAAUUCUGGACCGAAUUCAACGAAGAUGCAGAACCCAUUACUACAGAUGCCAUCAUCUUGGCUACCGGUGCUUCUGCCAAAAGAAUGAACUUGCCAGGCGAGGAAACUUACUGGCAACAAGGUAUCUCUGCCUGUGCUGUUUGUGACGGUGCUGUGCCUAUUUUCAGAAACAAGCCAUUGGCCGUCAUUGGUGGUGGUGACUCUGCUUGUGAGGAGGCAGACUUCCUAACCAAAUACGGUUCUAAGGUCUACAUGCUUGUCAGAAAGGAUCAUCUACGUGCAUCUACCAUUAUGCAAAGGCGUGCUGAGAAGAACCAAAAGAUCGAAAUUCUAUACAACACUGUUUCCCUAGAAGCUAAGGGUGACGGUAAGUUCUUGAAUGCUUUGAGAAUCAAGAACGUCAAGACUAAUGAGGAAUCGGAUCUACAAGUCAAUGGUUUGUUUUAUGCUAUCGGACAUACUCCAGCCACCCAGAUUGUUGCUGGCCAAGUCGAUUUGUACGAAAACGGGUACGUUAAGACCGUCCCAGGAACCUCGUUGACUUCUGUUCCAGGUGUCUUUGCCGCUGGUGAUGUUCAAGACUCCAAGUACAGACAAGCUAUCACUUCUGCUGGUUCCGGUUGCAUGGCUGGUCUAGAUGCUGAAAGGUACUUAUCCGAGCUAGAGUAA